UUACCUCUCUUCCCCCUGCCAUAUCCUUUUCCCCACGAUCCCCCGCCCCACCCCGCGGAGGGGCAAGAAGAGGGGCUGUGUGUGAAGUUGCGUUUAUUCCCGUUGCCAUCAUGUUAGGAUGGGGCCCUUCGAGCAGCCGCGUCUUCAGGGAGCUCCUGCUGCCGCACGGGAGUGGAGAAGUGCAGCAGCAGCCCGUCCGGCGGAGGAUGGGAUGGCUCUCCGGCUUCCGAGGACGCUGCGCUAAACAGCUCUGUGGAAGGGCAGUGCUGUCGGCUUACUGUGGGUAGCUGGUUAGCUCGGGUCUGGGUGCAGGCAUCUAUCUCCUUGCGCCUUCAGGAGACCAAGUAAAUUGCUGUUCAUCCGUGCUUUGGAGCCAAUAUGCUGUUGAAGACAACAGUAAAAACCUCAUCCCCUGCAGUUGCCUUUUUUUGCCUUCUUGCGUAGAGCGAGUGAUCGCCUGCUUUUGUGGAGAUUGGUAAAGGACUUGGUUUCAUUUUUGUUUAUUUUUUUCAAAAUACCCAAGGGGCUUUGCUGAGAACUACCUCUUUGUGGUGUCCUCCAUGGAAAAUAGCAUCUGGUCUAGGAGACUACGGGCUGCAGCUUAACAACCUGCAGCACAAUGGCUGACAAUAAAGCAAAGUCGAUCAAACCUGGAAAUAAGACUCCUCCAAGGUCUCCUUCAGAUCCGACUAAGGACCGAGCUGCAAAACGAUUAUCCUGUGAUUCAAAUAGCUCCCAUGAGGGAGCUAUGGCAGGGGAAAUAAGUGCUCUGGAAGAGACCUUUAGAAAAUUUGCUAUCCAUGGUGAUACAAGAGCCACAGGAAAAGAAAUGCAUGGGAAGAACUGGUCUAAGCUGUGUAAGGACUGUCAGGUGAUAGAUGGGAAGAAUGUGACAAUCACAGAUGUUGACAUUGUCUUCAGUAAAAUCAAGGGAAAGUCUUCUAGAACUAUUAGUUUUGAGCAGUUUAAAGAAGCUCUUCAGGAACUCUCCAAGAAGCGAUUUAAAGAAAAAAGCGAUGAGGAAGCAAUUCAAGAAAUAUAUAAACUAAUUGAAGGAAAGGCACCAAUUAUAUCUGGAGUAACGAAAGCAGUUUCAUCUCCAACCGUGUCACGCCUUACGGAUACAUCAAAAUUCACAGGUUCUCACAAAGAGAGGUUUGAUCCCAGUGGGAAAGGCAAAGGCAAAGCUGGCCGAGAAGAUCUGGUUGAUUCUUCAGGAUAUGUAUCUGGCUAUAAGCAUGCAGGCACAUAUGAUCAUAAAGUACAAGGAGGCAAGUAAGGCUGAAGGUUUAAAAUACAGGGGAAGAAAGGGAGAGAGAGAAUAUAUUUUUAAGAAUGACAUAGAUGAGUCCCAUGUGUUUCAGUUAUUGUGAAUGCUAAGACUAUGUGUUCAAGAAGUUUUUUUCAGAAACUGGAACUGAUUUUAACAUCUGCUGAGCAACUUGCAGUGUAGCACCACUUCAUUACAUUCCUUAUGUAUAUAUUGGCAAAAAUAAACGUAUCAGUACAAAAACAACAUCAUUUUGUUGAGCUCUUUAGACAAAAAGAAAAAAGAAAUAACAAUGUCAAGAGCUGUUAUACCACACUUUGUCAAUCUGAGCAAAAAAAUAUAAAUUCAAACAUUCCUAAAUAUCCAGUUGCUCUGAGGUUGUAAAAGAGAACCCUCUGAAAAAAGGUUCUUUCAUAGCAGCAUUUAUGAAGAGUAUGCCAUUACUUAGGCAGUUUGAUUUCACUACUGUUUUGGGGCUUUAAAAAAAAUGUCUUUUAUGGGAUCUGGCACUUUCCUUAAAAGAUUCAACAGUGUAUUAUUGUGGAGUAAGUUGUUGUAUUAUAUAAGGAGCUAAUCUGUAAAUUUAUACACCAUUUAUGAAAAACUGAAAAAAAAAAAAAAAAAAGAAAAAGAAAAAGGGAAAAAGAUAUUUUUGUGACAAUACAGGUUCUAAUGUAUUUAUGUCUGCAGAAGGAGGUGGAAAAUACCAACCCUUACUGUCCCCGUGUCUGUGCUUUCUGCUUUGUUAUUGUGUUUACUGUAGCAUGUUUCUGACUGGCUGGAUUCAGAUGGAGCUAAUGUACUAACCUGGUGGGUAAGGAACAAGAUAUUACUAAGAAAGUCUACUAGACCUCUUUGUAGUCUGUUCUCAAAUUGGAACUGCCCAACAUUUGAAAUCAGGAGGGUGUUAAAAUAAUAAUGCAUUAGAAUAUUGAUUAUGACUAAACACUGCCAAUCAGGUUGCUAAUAUGUGAAUGUUGUGCACAUACAUUGGCAUUUAUCCCCUUUAAGCUAUAACAUAUGUAACGGAAGCUUAUGGCCUUUUGUAUUAAGGAUAUAUACAAUAUUAAUAUCCACAUGAUUAAUUGUAAUUAAUUGCACAGAAAAAUACACUGUUAUACCCAGGCAAUGUGUUCUGUUAGUUUUGUCUGAAGCCAAAGGAUUUGUUUCUCUGAUGCUGCCUUACUUGGGAGUAAUUUUAUUGAUGGGAAUAGCUUUCCAAUUCUAUAGAAAAAACAAUUCCACACACUUAAGGUAUAGGCAGCUGAGUGUGUCCUGCCUCUGGCUCAGAUUGCCAAAACAAGUUAGCAGGAAUAAAAAUCACUCUUCUUCUUCUUCUUCUUUUUUUUUUUUUUUUUUUUUUUUUAAUAUAUACAUACAUAUUACUGGUUAAACAAGAUAGAGGCCAGUCCAAAGUUCUGUGUGAGCUGAGGAAGUACUCUGACGUAUUACUCUGUCUGUAAAAUUAUGAAAGAUAUACUUUGGAGUAUUUAAAAACACCUCCUAGUACUUUUGCUUUGCUUAUUUUCAAGAAGAUGCACUGAUUUUAAUGUCUUGACUGUGGAUAAAGGCUGAUAAGUUUACAGUUUUUCUCCUACUGUGAUCAGCAUGGUACUCAGAGUACAUAAGCUGAGUGAGCUGUGUGUGUCAUCAUGUUCCUUGCAGGUCACAAUCUAUAUUUGGCCUAUAUACAUAAAGAGCACUGGUUUUCAAUCCCUAACUGUUCAUGUUUUCUUUUUCUGACAUUAAGUGUUCUUUCUUGUAAUUCUGCCUCAAAUGACCCUUUGAGCCCAUACAUUGGCCUGAAAGCAAAACAGUAAUGUGCAAAUACAAGGACUUCCUCAUGAACUUGAAGAUUUUUUGUUUGUUUAUGAUUUGUUUUGGUUUUUGUUUUGAGGAGGGAAAGAAGUUUGUCAAAACUCAGCCCACGCUGUUGUAAGGAUUUAAAUAUCUUUUUCCCAUGCUCUAGUUAUCUGGGAAGAUUUUUGACGUGUAUAAGGAUGCUCAGGGUGAGAAGCUUUUUGAAGUUUUGAUUAACUCAUUGCUCUUGAAAAAAAUAUUUCAGUGGAGUGAAGAAGCAUUCACUCCUUUGUUUCACUGGUUACUUGUCACACUCUGAAGAAGAAAACAGCGUAUUGGUAUUCAAGCAAUGACUACAUUUUUCCUGCAUGGCAGUAGACAGGCUAACUGCAGAGAGCCCUCUUUGUGAUAUAAUGUUCAUGCCUGUGCACCUGAGGAAGGCCCUGGGAUAAGCCUGUAGCUUUUGUUUUUUAUUAAGUAAAAAGGCUAAGUCUGUAACUCUUGAAAAGUCCUCAGCUAAGUUACAGGCAUGAUAAAACCCCUGUUCUACCCAUUGACUUAGAGACUUAGCUUAUUGGUACCUGAAAAGAUCUGAACCCUGCUUGAAUCAAAGGUGAAGUCUGGUCUGUUGCAGAGCCCUUCCAACACAUUUUUGAUCAUGCUGUUUGUUGUUAGCUAGCUGCCAUGACAGGAAUAGUAGUUGAUACCUAACUUAAGCUGCUAAAGUGAUAGGUUUUCUAAAGGACAUAAAUACAGAUACCAAACUGUUGCUGUAUGAAGAGGAAUGAUUAGUUAGAAAGAUUUUAUGAAAUUAUCAGGUUUUAAAUUGCUAGUCCACAGCAUGAGCGAAAUCAGCGCACUCAUAAGGUAUAGAAGGCAUGCAAAAGAAUUGGGAAUGGGUACAGAUACAAGUUGACACUAGAAAUGGAACCAGACUGCAUAAUUGGAAGAGGCUGAUGGAACUAGCUGGGAGUCUGCUAGAGCUUAACUUUAUAUUACAGUAUGAAAUUCCUGCCAGAACAAAACACAUCAUACAGAUCUGAUGCAAAUCACAAUAUAUUCAGUGAUAUAAUAAGUUUUGGAUCAGGACCUGAGAAGGUGCUUCAGAUAGCAUGUGGUAUUUUAUUUUGAAGAACACACUUUUUCUUUUUUACUGCAGUUGGACAGCUUUAAAACUCUAGAGAAAUUCUGUUAUGACAGUGAAAAAAGGAAGUUGGGUCUGGAAAGGUUGUAAUCUGUAAACAUUUUCCCCUCUACACUUGAUACAAAAGAUGCAGGCUAUGAAUGAAAGCAUAGAACUAUAGAAACUAUAGAACUAUAGAAUCAUAGCUGCCUCAUAUAUUGAUUAUUAGUAUUAGAACUUCAGCCACCCAUUUAUGCUCUUACUUCCUCACUAAUUUUGGUGGGUAAUGUAAAGCCUAAAUAAUAGCUUGAAUGUUAGCCAUGCUUCUAAGUGUUUCAGGCCUAUUUGGAAAUGAGGCCAAGUGAUAUAACCAGUAUAUUUCAUUGUUUGUUCAUUGACUGUUCUCUGUACUCUUUGGACAGCAAGUACAGCGUGUAACUCAGAUGAUGGGUGAGGUCAAGAGGUGCAGCAGAGUAAGCUCAUCAUCCUGUGCACCGUUAUUCUAGACUACCUAAAUGGCGUGCCUGAAGUAAGGACAUGUACUCAAUAAGGUUUACAGUCAUCUCCUAAAAAGGAGCAUCUAAAUUCAUUCCUUCAGACUUCUCAGUCUAAUUUUCAGCAGCUCAUCUGCUGUGCUCUCUUACAUGAUAUCAUCUAUAAAACCCUAUUAUUCCUAAUAGUUUUGCUUUCAGUACUGUUGAACGUUCUUUUGAAAUAAACAUGAUUGGAAAGUUCAGGUAGCUUUUAGUGAUAACUGUAUUUAAGAAUAAACUCAAAUUAUACUGUUCAUUCAAAAUUAAAGCCUUAGGUGCUAUAGUAGUACACAAUCUUAACCAUGUCUUAAUAUGACUACCAAACCUUUACAAGAUGGAGAACAACAAAUUCAAAUUGUGACUGAGGCAAAAUUCUUAAGUAAAACAUGCAGAAGAUUUUUUUUUAUUAUUAAUAUUAGUGCUUGUUUACCAAUUCCUCUACUCAUUCUCUGUGCUUCAGUUACUUGUUGAGAGUAUUCCAACAGUCAUACCUGUAUGGAAAAGCAGAAACAAAAAUUACUGUCCUUUUUAUGGCUAUCGGAGGUGUCACAGGAGUGUUACUGAAAAGCAAACAUUGGAUUAUAUAUUGUUUCAACAGUCCAAUGAGAACACUUCUGAUUAAUUAUAACAAAGUAUCUGGAAGACCAAAGGAAAUGUGGAACAUUGGACAAUGGCCAGUAUGUGGCCAUUUUUUUUUCGUUAUGAAAAUGAAACGGUAAUUUCCAAACUACUGGUAUGUCACACCUUGUUCUUUAUUAACAAAAGGGUUAUCCUUUAAACGUAUUUUCUAUGUAUUUUACUGAUGUUACCUUAAUCAAAAUUUCCUCUGAUAACUUUUGGUAAUCAUUAAAUUCAUGUAUUAUUUGUUUCAGUCAUGUUUUCCCUCUGUUGGCUCAAUUAAUACUAUUUUUAUGGCAGACAGAAUUUGUUGGUAAUCCAGAACUAGGGUAUAUGACUUGUUAAGAAUUUGGCUUGUAAGUGAGAUGUAUCAAGAGAGUCCUUGUUUAUCCUUCUUCAAACACAAAACUUUAAAUUUGUAAUUAAGAAAGGUUUUGUUUUGUUUUGUUUUUCUUAAGCCUUGUCAUAAUUACAAAAUAAACUUCAAUCAUUUGUGUCUGCAUGUAUGAUAAGUAUCGGCUGUUUGGAAUAGAAACUAGCCUUACAGAAAUUGCAUGUAUUCUGGGGGCAUACAUCUGUCACCCGCGGGUAAGAAUUCUAUGUUAGCACUGCCCAAGAAAGAAACCAUUUAUUUUCAUGAUGGAUAAAAUGUAAUGUGUUGCACCUAGUGCAUAUCCUUUAAACCAUUAGCCUUGCGUGUGCACUAAAAUAGCUGCAGUUUUGUGUACAUUGUUUGUAGUGUGGAUAUUAUGUUUGUUCUUUGUCUAUUAGUUGAUGGUAAGUAAUGCAAUACAUGAGGCUUGUACAAGUUUGUGUGCACGCGUACUUUUUAGAUUCAGAUAAAUAAUUAAACCACAUACGCGCUGUCCUAAACCUUAAAUCUUAAAGGGCCAAGCUCUAAUCCUGCAGCUGGAGCUAUUCAGAGCCAGUUGGAAAUGCUAUUGUUCUAUCUCCAUAGCAUGAAAGUAGAGAUCUAGAAGUGUUUUUAUCUUUCGACACAUACAACUACUCCCUUUCUACUUCUGGAGGGAAGUGUUCUUCAGUAAAUCUGACAUAGACUUGUUGUGACAAGAAGAGUUCUUCCAUUGUUAGGAAGCAGGAAAGAAAGAGUCAGGGUUAAAUCAGUAGUUCCUCUGAGUGGUCUGAGGAGACCAUUUAAAACUAUGCAUUCUGUAUUUUUCUUUAACCUAACUUUGUGAAGUGAGUUGGCACUUACAGUGUAUGUGCAGAGUUUUUUGUUAUCAGUCUGGUAAGUACAAAAUCAUGGUAUAUUGGUGCAGGAAGAGAAGAUGGACUCUGUCUUACAGUGUUUGUGAACUUGAGUCUUGCAUAAACCUUUAAAAAAUGAAAUACCCAAAAUAUAAUGACAGAUAUCAAACUUGUGUGAAAUUCUUAGUCAGAAGUGAUACAUGAUACAUGGUUGCAUACCUCCUAUAUUUGGAGUUUGGCCCAUAAAAUAGCAUUUAGAUAUUGAGUUACUCAUUUUGCACGCAAAAGUGCCCAUUUGACUCACCGGAUAUAAUCUGGAAAUAAUAGACUGAGCUGUUUGUCUUAAAUCUUCAGAAUCCUAAAACUAGCGAGAGACUAUUAGUGGCAUUUGUGCUUGCUUGUUUAACAACAACAACAACAAAAAAAAGGUUUUCAAAGAUUUCUCAGCUGUGAUGCUUCAGGAGGCUAAAGUAUAUUGCAGAUAGAUCCUCCAAAUCUGACCUGUCCAAACAAUUUCUGUUUUCAGGAACAAAUAACUGUUAUGUACUUGGCAUUUGUUUGUUUGUUUGGUUGGUUGGUUUUUGUGUAUGUGUAUGUGUUUGUUUUUUAGUAUAUAACCUGAGCUGUAUUUUUUAAAAUCCACAUAGAGAUGAUGGGAUUCGAAACGAGUUAAAGAUGAUGUAACUGUUUGUAGUUCUUGGAAAAUGUUUGAAUUUAGCUGUUUCAUUCCAAAUAAUUGAUUGCCCUCUGUAGGCAGAUUUUGGCAAGAGCAAACUUGAUAAUAAAUAAAUAAUGAUUAAAAAAGAAAAAACAAACAGAAAACACAACAUUUGUAAAGUAUUUUUGACAAAUUUACAAAUAACGUACUGUUAGUCCAAAAUUAUUUAGGAGUAAUAAUAAUUUGGCUUUGUAAUCAUACACACGCACGUGCAUGUGCAUUAUUUUGAGACAAAUGAGUGGCUAGAAUACAGAGGAGGCUUUUUGGUUUGUUGGCACUGGAGUGCCCAACUUGCUAACCUGAUCUGAAAAGAUAGUAAGUACCUACCACAUUCAUUGCAGGUAAACAUCCAGUGAAUUAGUUUUUGAAUGUGUUUAUAAAGCAUCUCUUUUUAUGAGUAUGUGUAAAAUGUAUGGCACUUGCAUGGAGUAUCUGUCUGUGAGGUAACUCACGCAAUGGUAAUUUAAACUUGACUUCAGAUAUUUUUAUUCAAGAUUUUUUGUUACAUAUAUUUCAGAACAGGUCGUAGACUUGAAUAAAGUUAAAAUAUACCCCUAAAACUAUGCUCAUACUUCAUCCUCUGUACAUUUUACUCUGGAUAUUGUAGAUAAUAAAUGCAAUUAAAAAAAAAAAAAAAAAAAAAAAGGAAAAAUGGCAAUCUGUGUGGUAAUAUUAUACCCCAUAGUGACAAAUUAUUUUAAGCUCCAGUUUAUGUCAGAUGAGUUUCUGCAUGCUUGCAUUUAUUCAGAUGGUAUUCUUAAACAAAGAAAUUAAAUAAUGUGAAAUAAUGCAGCCUGUGCUGUGUUCUGUAGAGUAAUAUUAAUACACGUGAAAUGCUGAAUAUCUAUAACAUUUAUACUGAAUACAUACUAGCUCUUUAUAAAAGCUUUGUGUAAGGGCAGUUAUCCCAUAAACUGUAGGUAAGCCUUUUGGCAGACUACUUGUUUGCACUGUGGUGCAUGAAAUGGCAAGGUCAUCAACAAAAACAAGUUACAGGAUUCAACACAGAUAUUUCUGUGUUUCUAUUUGUGCUGGGUUCACAAGUUUUGGUAUCAGGAAAGAUGCUUUUAAUACAAAGGAAUUUGUCUUUCUGUAAAGCAGAGAAAUAGUUGAAGUUGAAUUAGUACAUAGGUCACUCUGAAAGUAAUACCUCCUAUUAAUUUACAUGGACACUACAACAGGUACAAAGAGCUCAGUGACACUAUUUGGUAGAGCAGAUUCUCAGCUAUGAGACACUUAUUUUUUCAGCUUAGUCACCACCAUUAGCUAUGUGUUUUUACCGGCCAUGCACAAGAGCCCACAUGCAAUGCUUGUAAAAUUCUGUGCCAGUGGAGGCAAUCCUCUGGUCACCAUUGCUGAAACACAUCUCCCACUACCUUGCUGUUCUCCCAUCCAUUCUUUGGUUUUCAUGAACAUUUAGCAAGCAUUGAUGAAUGCCAGUGGUUGCCAUUUUUUCUGCAUGGAGGAAUUCAGUGAUGCAUCUUUGCUUCAUCCACACUUCCUUGUCAGACACCAUUUUGUCAGACUGCCUCUCUGCUGCAUCUGUUGCACAGCAGCAAAAUGUAAUUGAAUUGUGCAGCUUUUCCUACUGUACCACCAACAUCCACCUGUGAUAUCAUGGGCCCACACAGUAAAAUAGGAGGCUUUACUUUCAGAGCAUUCCUGAUAUAUUGAUGUUUAUUCUUUGCACAGUUUUAUGUUUCAGAUUUAAAUAUUGCAAGAGGAACAUAUUUAUACAGAAUUAUAUUUUUGGAAUCUUGGGGGCUGAUUUUCUUCAGUCAUUAGCCAUUUAUUUAUCCACAUCAUGCUUUAUUCCUUUGCUAGAUUAUUUAUCUGUCCAUGCUAUCGCAACAUACUUUCUUUUCGUUUUCUUUAGGUGGUUUGGUUAUUUAUUUGCACAAACUUGAAUGUGCAUGCCAUUAGGAUCUGACUAUAAAGCAAAGAGGCAAAACUGUUUUGCCUUUGAUUACCUGGCGCACUUAUUAAAAUCUAAUUGUUAAAUAAUUGAGGUGGGUCUUGACAUAGUCUUCCAUAGAGUACUGUCCGGCAUGAUGAAAGCCUUCAGUGAAUUUUACUAUUUCUUGUUCUUAUUUGAUUUCUUUUUCAACUUGGUCUAUUAAAAAAAAACCAACAAAACAAAACAAACAAAAAAAAAAAAAAGCCCAGGAUGCUGCUACCUGCAGUAUUUAUAACUGUUGACAUUUCUAAUAUUAGCCGUCUGCUGCACUGCCUAGUUUGUUCACUGUGGAUUUUUCAACCUGGUAAAAACUUUUGCAAGAUUAUUUAAUCGUGCAAGCUUACUUUUUUCUCCCUUGUAUGUCAACAAAUCUUUUUGACAUUAUUCCAAACAAAUAACUUGAGUACGGCAUUUCUUGAUCUUAACUGUAAUAGCUAAAUGUAUCCUAAGCAAAGACUUGUAACCAUAUUGUGAAGGGGUCCAGGCACUGUCUAGUGCAAAGCACACUAGGUGGAAUCUUAUCACCACUGCAGUCUCUGCUAGAAUUCUAACUGACAUUAGCAAAAAUAAAACCACCAUUAUAGCAGGGUUAAUAUGCUUAAUAGGCAUGACAAGAAGUUUUGUGGGAUCACAAAAUUGAUUCCCUCUUUCCAUACCUUUGUUUCUGUUAAUUUAAAAUUACUACUAUUCAAUCUUUAGAACAAAUAAACUUGAAGGGGGAUCACAUAUUACUAGUUUGUACUAGUGGGUUUUUUUGUUUGUUUGUUUUGUUUCUUUUUUGUUUUGUUUUCAGGAAAGGGAAACAAAUUAUAUAUAUAUAUAUAUGCAAUAUAUUUUUACACUGUUUAUUAAUUUUAGAAAGUGUUAAAUGUAUCACUUUAUCAGUGUGAGUGUUAUGGUAAUGACAAUGCUAUGGAUGUUUCAAACUUUCCAGAGUUGUCUCAUUAAAUUCUAAGAACGUAUUAACAAUGGCAAAUCUAUUUUGUCUCCAAUGUUAUUAUUGAAGUUUUAGGGAAAAUACUGAAGUACAGCAAUUCGAAUAACACUGUAAAAGCUUGGCUUGUGAAGUUGUAGUGAAAUCCAUACUGUAAACACCAUUUUUAAAGAAGGAGUUCUCAUAAAGUAUAUUACUGCUGUUGACUGUUUAAAUUUGUAUCUUUAGUUGGUAAAGUGAUCAAUAAAUGUGUUACUACAUCA